AUGGACCUGAUCACUCUAACCGUCCCGUUAACGUGCCUUGCGAUUGGUCUGUGCGUCACUUCGUUGGUAUUGCCCAAGUGGAGUUGCGGCGGAUUUUUCACAACAUGCGUUUUCACCCUCCUGCACAUCAUUGUCUUGGGCCUCAUCAUUGGUGGUUUGGGCUUGCUUACUCUCAUCUUCAUAAUCGACAUCUGCGGGGCGUGCCGCACAAAAUGGGUGCCUGGACCGCUGUGCACCUCCUACAAGAUGAUCCUAACAACACUCGCAGCUGGAUGCCUUCUGAGUGGAAACCUGCUCUACGCGGUGUUCUACGUGAAGUCUUGGUCGUUCAUUCUUUCCUACUCUGGUGCCGUCAUCGCGGUUCACGUGGUUGUGAUCUCGUUCUUUGGGUCCCGUUGCUGCCAUAACAACUAG